AUGGCUUUCUUUGGGACGGUGCUCAACACCGUUGGCGCGUUAUUUCUAACGCAUGCCGUGUACUCCACCCACGAGCAUACCGCAACCUUUGCUUCCACCCCACUUCCCCUCGACAUUACCAUCGAAAUGCUCGCAUCAAUCCUACUUCUCUCACUCGGCAUUGUAAUAUCCUUCGCACCUCUCAAGCCAAUACAACAUGCGGAGUGGGCGGGUCAGAUCUCGCGCGGGGGUAGGCACGGAGAGGGCCAAUAUACGAGAGAAGGUGAAGAGGUGUUGAGUGAGGGCGACCAGUAUGCGUUCUUGGGGCUAGAUGGAGGAAUUGGUGGGAAGGGAGAGGGAAGGAGGGGCUUCUGGGAUGUCAAGGGAAAGAGGAGGGAAUACGAGGAAUGGGUUAGGAGUGGUGGGAAGAAUUAG